AUGAGUGAAAUAAUUGUCAAAAGAAGAGAAUAAUUUAGAACAGAAAUCCGUAAGUAAAAUCUAGAAAAAGAAUUUAGUAAGAAAAGAUUUGAAAAAAGCAAUCUAAUUCAGGAUAUAUAUGAAUGUAACAAUUUAAUUGAUUUUGAACUUAAAUACAAAGAUCAAAUAGAAAAUCAAAUUCAGUUAAUUCUUCAAAACCCAGACAAUUAAAACAUAGAAAAACUCAUAUUAUUAGUAUAGCAAUUAAGCUCUAAAUACAGUGUUUAUAUAAUAGAUCAUAAUAUUUAUAAAACACUCUAACAAAAUGAUUUAGACCUUAAUUUGUGUUUGAACUUAAUGUGCAAUUUGUGUGUUGAACCGACAGUAGUUAAACAUAUUUUCUCUGAUUAGAUUUAAAAAGAGAGAUUAACUUAAUAUUUAAACAUAAUUAGUGGCAAUUUAUUUGAAGAACAUAGAAAGCUUUAUUGGGAGUUUAUGCUAAUUCUUUCGAAUUCAGCCCAUACCCCUUUUCCAUUUCUGAAACAAAUAUUUUUAAUAUGUUGUGAAGAGUUGAUCUAAUGCAGAAAUAGCACUACUUAGAUGCAAAUUCGAAUACUUCCCCACUUAAUUUAAAAAUAUCCAUAAGCUAACUAAUUCUAUUGGGAAGCCUUUAAUUCUGCUAAUUCAGAAGAUAGAAAACCUUGGAAAUGCUUGUUACAUUUUCUAAAGUAACCAAAUUCUGAUGUUUUUUGUUGUGAUUAAUUAUUAUUAGCAAUAAACUAUUUAGUUUAGCAUGCAAUUUCUAAAAUUUACUAUGAUUAAAUUGUUACUUUGGAAUUAAUGUUUGCACUUUAAAGUAACCUUUAUAGACACUAAAAAACUAUGGUUCGAUCUACUAAAAUAAUGUAAAUGAUUUUUGAAGAAAAUGACAAUUUUUUUCAAUUUAUUAGUGACGAUCUGAUUAAAUUACUUAAAAUUACAUUUGUAGAUGGAUAAAUAGAAAUUUUGAAACUCUUAGAAAUAAUUCUUCGCAAACGAUAACAUUUUCUAUUAUUAAUGGAUGAAUAUCAAAUAAUUGAAAUGCUUUUUGAUAUUCUAAGAUAAGAUAUAUCUACAACUAUUAAUUAUGCAACUCUAAAUUGCAUAGCCCUUUCAUUAUUUUAAAGUACAGAGAUGGAAAAAUAUUAAAGAUAUUUUUAAAAUCAUUUUUCUACUUUUAAGGACAUUUUAGAAAGGUUUGUUUAUGAUACAAAUAAAUCGGUCUAAUAAACUACUGAAUAUCUCUUAAGAGCAUACUUUGAGAAAUGA